CGGUGUUACCGCUUUUAGAAGAGAGAGAGAGAUAGAACAGAAAGUUUGUUUCUUCAUUUAGAAUUUUGGAAAGAGAAAAAGAAAAGAGUUUUUUUUCCUGAUGAUGAGUCUGAGAAGAGGAGGAGGAGAGAGACAAGAGUACAACGUUGUUCAUAAGCUCCCUCACGGUGACAGUCCUUACGUCCGAGCCAAGCACGUUCAGCUUGUGGAGAAGGAUGUGGAAGCAGCGAUAGAGCUGUUCUGGAGAGCGAUCAAAGCGAGAGACAGAGUGGACAGUGCUCUUAAAGACAUGGCUUUGCUUAUGAAACAACAAAACAGAGCAGAUGAAGCGAUUGAUGCUAUUCAUUCCUUUAGAUAUCUUUGUUCGAGGCAAGCUCAAGAAUCACUCGACAAUGUCCUCGUCGAUCUCUACAAGAAGUGUGGGAGGAUAGAAGAGCAAGUUGAGCUGUUGAAGCAAAAGCUUUGGAUGAUAUACCAAGGAGAAGCAUUCAACGGCAAGCCUACAAAGACAGCUAGAUCUCACGGGAAGAAGUUUCAGGUCACGGUCCAGAAGGAGACAUCUAGGAUCUUGGGAAACUUGGGAUGGGCUUAUAUGCAGCUAAAGGACUAUACAUCGGCUGAAACCGUGUACCGCAAGGCUCAAGGGAUUGAGCCAGAUGCAAACAAGGCUUGCAAUCUAUGCUCAUGUCUUAUCAAGCAAGGGAAGCUCGUUGAGGCUAGAUCAGUUCUCUUUCGUGAUGUGUUACAGGAGAAGAAAGAAGGGUUUGGUGAUGAUUUGAGGUUGAAGGUUCGAGUUCAAGAGCUGUUGAGUGAGCUAGAGAGUCGGGAAGAAGCAGAAGCAGCAGCUGUUUUAGCUUCUGUAUCUGUGGAAAAUGAAUGGAGGAGGCCUUAUAGGAGGACAAUUAGAAGACUUCCGAUUUUCGAAGAGAUCUUACCACUUAGAGAUCAACUAGCUUGUUGAUGCAUUGUGUGCUUUGGUCGUUGAAUACUGAAUAGAAACUUUCUUGUGUUAGAAGAAUGUAGUAAACCUAGCUAGUUUACUUCUUGUAAGCUGUUUUGGUGUCUUUCACUUGUUAUCAUUGUGAUGUUAUACUUGAUGCCCAUUUCUAUGAAUAGAAACACUGUUAGUGACA